CAGCGCCUACUUCAUUCCAAAUUCAAAUUCCGAAUCCCCACCCCACCCGACCUCGCCUUCUUCUUCUUCCUACUACUCCUCCAUCUCUACAGGCUACAGCCCGGCCUGCUUCUGACAGGGAGGCUACAGAUCGAGCAGUCCAAGCACCCACAACAUGGGCUGCGUGUCGUCGGCGUUCCUGGAGGACGACGCCGACCGCCGCCGCAUCAUCGGCGUCUCUGCCUCCUCCCACCACCACAUCGUCUCCCUCACUUCCUCCACCUACGGCGUCCUCACUGCCCCCCGAGCAUACUCCACCACCGCCACGCCUUCUCCUCAGCCGCCGCCACCGCCUCCUCCUCCGCCCACCAUCUCAACGGCAAGGGCAACAAGGAGCACCCAAUCCCAGCCCCUGCCGCCGGAUGAGGUCAUCAACUCCUGGGAGCUCAUGGCCGGCCUCGUCGAUCCCUCCACCCCAGCCAAGGCCACCCAUGCCCCAGCAGGGGGCAAGGCCGACAGGGACCGCCGCCGCUGCAUCCGCUUCCCUCCCCGCCCAAUCGACGGCAACUCUUCCCCUGAGGAGUCGGCGGCGGUGCUCUACACCACGUCCCUGCGCGGCGUCCGCGCCACCUUCGAGGCCUGCAAUGCCGUGCGCGCGGCGCUGCAGGCCCACGGCGUGGCCUUCCGGGAGCGCGACGUCUCCAUGGACCGCGGCUUCCGGGAGGAGCUGAGGGAACUCGCGGGCUCCCCCGUGGUGCCCAGGCUGUUCGUGCGGGGCCGGCACGUGGGCGGCGCGGACGAGGUGCUGCGGUUGGACGAGGAGGGCCUGCUGGCGGCGCUUCUGGAGGGCCUGCCCAAGGCGAGGGGAGGCAGGUACUGCUGCGACGGAUGCGGCGGCAUGAGGUUCCUGCCCUGCUUCGACUGCUCCGGCAGCCGAAAGGUGGCCGUGUCCCUAGCGGUGGCGGGCCCAGGGAAGGCGAACAGGAGGAGGAAAGCGGCGGUGAUGGUGGUGCGUUGCGGGGAGUGCAAUGAGAACGGCCUCGUGCUCUGUCCAAUCUGCUCCUGAUCAUCCAUCCCAUCGUCUUCACCUGUGUUGUGUUGGGGAACUGCAACUCUCUUCAGUUGUCCCAAUAUAAUGCUGUGUAAUGCUGCUGCUGCUGCUGCUGGGAUUAUUGACCAAUCAAAUCAAAUGAAUCGCUCUACAAUCACUCGAUCCGAGAUUCUUCUUCUUCUUCUUUUGUCUCUCCUCUUCUCGGAAAGACAGAAAUUCGCAUGAAUGGA